CGUCAUGGAGGCGGUACCUGGUUGUGAAGGGUGUCGUGAUGGGCGGGGCGGAACCCCUGUGUUUCGCUGGGAGACUUGGAUCCCCGGCAGUUUUGCAGAAUACUGCUAUCUAUGGACUCUAAAAUGAACUUCAUUUAAAGAAACCCACGGACCAUUAAUGGACAAAAACAUGAAUCAUUAUGUAUUAUGGCAUUCAAAUCCUAGCACUUUGAGAGAGGUUUUGGAGCCCUCUCUUGCAUCAGAACUCCAUUGUAAUAAUCCUCUGAGUGUCAUCUCAGGACCUUGGUCACACUCAUGGCACGAUGGCCACCCCUCAGGAGCACCUGAGCUCCUCCUCUUCUCCACACUUACCCUUGAGUGAAAACAAAGCUUUCAAUGGACCACAAGAUGAACUCCCAACUUUGGGGAACCACCCUUCACCCACGCUCCCCGAGGACCAGCAGGAGAAGGGGGUGGCGCAAACAGAGCUAAUCGAGAGCAUAAAUAGCCCCAUCACCACAACAGUGUUGACAAGCGUAAGCGAGGAUUCCAGGGACCAGUUUGAGAACAGCGUUCUUCAGCUAAGAGAACAAGAUGAAUCAGAGAUGGCUGUGUCUCAGGGGAACAGCAACACUGUGGAUGGAGAGAACAUGAGUGGAACUGAAGACAUCAAGAUUCAGUUCAGCAGGUCGGGCAGUGGCAGCGGUGGGUUUCUUGAAGGACUAUUUGGAUGCUUAAGGCCUGUAUGGAAUAUCAUUGGGAAGGCAUAUUCUACUGACUACAAAUUGCAGCAGCAAGAUACUUGGGAAGUGCCAUUUGAGGAGAUCUCAGAGCUGCAGUGGCUGGGUAGUGGAGCCCAAGGAGCUGUCUUCUUGGGCAAAUUCCGAGCGGAAGAGGUGGCCAUCAAGAAAGUGAGAGAACAGAAUGAGACGGAUAUCAAGCAUUUGAGGAAGUUGAAGCACCCUAACAUCAUCGCAUUCAAGGGUGUUUGUACUCAGGCCCCAUGUUAUUGUAUUAUCAUGGAAUACUGUGCCCAUGGACAACUCUACGAGGUCCUGAGAGCUGGCAGGAAGAUCACACCCCGAUUGCUAGUAGACUGGUCCACAGGAAUUGCAAGUGGAAUGAAUUAUUUGCACCUCCAUAAGAUUAUCCAUCGUGAUCUCAAAUCACCCAAUGUUUUAGUGACUCACACAGAUGCAGUAAAAAUUUCAGAUUUUGGUACAUCUAAGGAACUCAGUGACAAAAGUACCAAGAUGUCCUUUGCUGGCACAGUCGCAUGGAUGGCUCCAGAGGUGAUACGGAAUGAGCCUGUCUCUGAAAAAGUCGAUAUAUGGUCUUUCGGAGUGGUCCUUUGGGAGCUGCUGACAGGAGAGAUCCCUUACAAAGAUGUAGAUUCUUCAGCCAUUAUUUGGGGUGUUGGAAGCAAUAGCCUACACCUUCCAGUUCCUUCCACUUGCCCAGAUGGAUUCAAAAUCCUUAUGAAACAGACAUGGCAAAGUAAACCUCGCAACCGACCUUCUUUUCGGCAGACACUCAUGCACUUAGACAUCGCGUCUGCAGAUGUACUUGCCACCCCACAGGAAACUUACUUCAAGUCUCAGGCUGAAUGGAGAGAAGAGGUGAAAAAGCAUUUUGAGAAGAUCAAAAGCGAAGGAACGUGUAUACACCGAUUAGAUGAAGAACUGAUCCGACGGCGCAGAGAGGAACUCAGGCAUGCUUUGGAUAUUCGUGAACACUAUGAGAGAAAGCUUGAGCGGGCUAAUAAUCUGUACAUGGAACUGAGUGCCAUCAUGCUGCAGCUAGAAAUGCGGGAGAAGGAGCUCAUUAAGCGUGAGCAAGCGGUGGAAAAGAAAUAUCCUGGGACCUACAAACGACACCCUGUCCGCCCAAUAAUCCACCCCAAUGCCAUGGAGAAACUUAUGAAAAGGAAAGGUGUGCCUCACAAACCUGGGGUGCAGACCAAACGGCCAGAUCUGUUGAGAUCUGAAGGCAUCCCCAGUACAGAAGUGGCUCCCACAGCAUCCCCUUUGUCCGGAAGUCCCAAAAUGUCCACCUCAAGCAGCAAGAGCCGAUAUCGAUGCAAACCUCGCCACCGCCGGGGGAAUAGCAGAGGCAGCCAUGGUGACUUUGCAGCAAUCCUGAAAAACCAGCCAGCCCAGGAAAAUUCACCCCACCCUACCCACCUACACCAAGCUCAAUCCCAGUACCCUUCUCUCCAUCACCGUAAUCUUCCGCAGCAGCAAUACCAGCAACCCCCUCCUGCCAUGUCUCAGAGUCACCAUCCCAGACUCAACAUGCAUGGACAGGACAUCGCAACCUGCGCUAACAACCUGAGGUACUUCGGCCCAGCAGCAGCCCUGCGGAGCCCACUCAGCAACCACGCCCAGAGACAGAUGCCUGGCUCGAGCCCUGACCUCAUCUCCACAGCCAUGGUGGCAGAUUGCUGGAGAAGUCCAGAACCAGACAGGGGCCACGCUGGCCCCUAUGACCCCUGCCUCCAGUGCAGGCCAGGACAGUCUGGGUCCUUGGACACACCCUCUGCUGAGCCAGUCGGGAGGAGCCCCAACCUUUCCAAGUCACCAGCACACAAUCCCCUCUCGGAAAAUGCCCAGGGUUCUGAGAAGAUGGAAGAAAAUGGAUUCAACAGCUGCAGGUCUGCGUCAUCCCUUGGCACCCAUCAUCACAUCACUCCCCCAGUGCUACCUCGAAAAACAAGGCCUCUUCAGAAGAGUGGAGAUGACUCCUCAGAAGAGGAAGAAGGGGAAGUAGAUAGUGAAGUUGAAUUUCCACGAAGACAGAGGCCCCAUCGCUGCAUCAGCAGCUGCCAGUCGUACUCCACUUUCAGCUCUGAGAAUUUCUCCGUGUCCGAUGGAGAGGAGGGAAAUACCAGCGACCACUCAAACAGUCCUGACGAGUUAGCUGAUAAACUUGAAGACCGCCUGGCGGAGAAGCUAGACGACCUGCUGUCCCAGACGCCAGAGAUCCCCAUUGAGAUAUCCUCGCACUCAGACGGGCUCUCUGACAAGGAGUGCGCCGUGCGCCGCGUGAAGACGCAGAUGUCGCUGGGCAAGCUGUGUGCGGAGGAACGUGGCUAUGAGAACCCUAUGCAGUUUGAAGAAUCGGACUGUGACUCUUCAGAGGGGGAGUGUUCUGAUGCCACAGUUAGGACCAACAAACACUACAGCUCCGCUACUUGGUAAUGAAGGAGUAUGCGUCCUGAAGAUCUCAUAACUAUACUGGCAUUUCAAAUCCACCCCACCCCCAGACUCUUCCCACUCUCUACCUGCUUUCUGUCUGGGAAGAGAACUGCCCUAUCUUUACCCCUAGAAAUAAGCUGCAAUAACAGGAACAUGAGACUUCGCAAAUCUCUGGAAAAAAAUAUCCAAAUGAAAUUAAGUCUCACUGAACAUUUCAAUCAAGAAUGGCAGGGAUCUAUUUUAUUGAAUAUUCUAGCUACUGUAACAUUGAUAUUUAUUUUUGUUUGACAUUUUAACACUUUGUACUGUAAAGAGUGAACUAUAUAUGAUAUAUAGAGAGAUACAAUAAUUUCUUGCAAAAAAAAUGAGAGGAAAGAAAGAAAAGCAAAAAAGAAGUGAAAUUGAGGAGCAACAUCCUUGGGAAUUUGUGGGGCUGGGAGGUAUUAUUGCUGCUUGAAUAGGGGACCAGGUCUUUUGGCCAUAAGUGACUGAAGAAGAGCCAGAGCAAGACAUAUGAGCAUUUUAGCAUUAAGCAACAGCAAAAGAAAAGCAAUUCCAGGCAACUUGUGAACAGACCACAUUAAGUUCAACCAGAUUGUCCAGCUGGGUGAUAGAAAUAACCUUAAAAAGUUUGGUGACCAGAUUCUUGCACCCAAGGUCUUCGAGGGCAUGUACUUCCUCUAGGAGGAAAAAAACAAAACUGUAUAUGUGGAAGCUAAUUUCAUUUUUAAAAUUUUAAGCAGCAUUUGGUAGUGAGGCUUACAGAUAGUAUCAAACCUUGUCCUUGGCAAAUACUUCCCUUUUUAAUGCUGUCAUUGUCCUUACCUUGACAAAUGUGUUACCUUGACAAAUGUGUUGAUCUUGCAGACUCAAGUGCCAUUUUCUUGUAGCUUAUUUCCUUUCCACCUGCUGACCCUUAGGAAGAAAGCAUAGUGGGGUAUGCUGAGGAGAAGGAAAGGAUAAGAGAAAAGGAACAUCCACACAGUGUUAAAAAAGCAAAUGUAGAAAUUGUAAAAGUACAUUCUCAGGAUGGCUCAGUUGAGCUAUAUGGUGAAGGUGGGAUCACCCCUCUCUGGAACCAGGUUGCUUGUCUGCUAGAUUCAUAUUGAUUCAAAUAGGAGAACAGAGUUUGAAGGCAGCUAGGAUGUGUGUGUGUCUAUCCAAUGUCCAAUCCCAAACCAUCCCCUUGUUUUUAUUCAGUAACUCAUUCUAUCCUGGAAGCUUUAGUGACUGGCUACCACUGUCAGAAUAAAGGCAAAACAAGCAACUUGCAAAAGGCAACUCCUCUCCCAGCAUAAUAGCAUUUUUGUUAAAUGCUACUUGUAAAAUAUCUUUUAUUUCAUUCCGAAUCAAUGCAGUUUUGAAUAACUGGAUUUAGAAAUUGGUGGAAGAAAAACAAGUGAUGCUGAGCAAGGAUUGGAAAUAUUUUUACAUUGUCAAAAGCAGGAGGGCCUUCCUGUCUCCAGGGUAACAGCCUCUGAAAAGCAUCCCAAGGUACUUCUUCAUGGUGCCUUGGCUUUAAGGAAAAUUCUAUCUAGAAUUUCAUUUACAAAUAGAUGUUGACCUAGUUCCUGUCUGUGUCUCCAAGAUAGAUUACUAUCCAACAAGCUCUUGAUUCUCUAAACUGACACCACAUCAUGUUGAACGUUAGGAAAGACUUGCUUGGACAGCUAUUACCAUUUCCAGAUGAAAAUGUUGCCCCUUCUCUGGGUUUCACUAAUUGCAUCAGCCAAAAAGGAAAAGCAGAAGGGAAUUUAGAGCAGUUCCUUUUGCUUGUUUGAUCCCUCCAGUUGUUUACACUUUAUGUUGAGACAUUGAUUUAAAAUGUAUUGUCUAUGAUUUAUAGUUCUUAGGUAGAAUGAAGGAAAACGUUUAACUUAUACAGAAAGCAGUAUUGUUUGCAUUAAAUUAUUCCAUUUUGUAUAAAUUCUGUAGCUGGACUACAUGAAAGAUCUUAAGUUAUGGCAUUAUUAUCAUUGUUAUUUUAUUUUAUAAUAUUAUCAUUCUCAUUUUCUGUCGAUCAGAAGGUGUGGUUUACGAUGUAGCACAAUGAUCAUGUUUAUUGCUAACCGUGAAUUAUGAUGGGUUUUAUAAUUUUAAUGAAGGAAUGAAAAUGGAACUGCCAUUUGGGAGCUCCCUGGUGUUCAUCUUAGCUGUAUUCCCUAUUUUCUAUGUACAACAACAAUCAUCUGAGGAUGCGUGCUCUGCUCUGAAGCCCAAGGGAUACGUUGUGGUUUUGACUGUACCAUGUAAGCUCCUGGGUGGGCAGAUGACCAAGUGGAUGGACAAAUAGUUCUGUAAACUUCCUCAAGUUUCUUAGGAAAUAAAAUCAUGGGACUAUAUUAGAAGCAAAAGAGAAUUAUUUAAUGCUCUGAGAGGAACAGACCUAGAGAGUUUUUCAUGGGGCUCAUGGAAUAGUCUCAAGAAUUGACAACGUAGUUUGUAAUCUCCUUCCAGUCAGAUCUCUCAACACCACUCUUUUUCCUCCUCAUCGGGAUUAGCAAGGAGACUAAGAAAAAUAUAUAUAUACACUAGUCCCCCCAUAUCUGAGGUUUUACUUUCCCUGGUUUCAAUUACCCACAAUUAACCAUGGACUGAAAAUAUUAUAUGGAAAAUUCCAGAAAUAAUUCAUAAAUUCUAAAUUGCGUGCCAUUCUGAGUAGCAUGACGAAAUCUUGAGCUGUGCCACCGUGGGCAUGGAUCCUCCCUCUGUGCAGCGAACCUACGCUGUGGAUGUGACCUGCCCAUCAGCCGCUUAGUAGCCAUCUCGGUCAUCAGAUCAGCUGUUGCCGUUAUCACAGCGCUUGUGUUCAGAUAAUCCUUAUUUUACUUAACAAUGGCCCCAAAGAGCAAGAGUACUGGACCUAAUUUACAAAUUAAACUUUAAUCAUAGGUAUGUGUGUACAGGAAAAAACAUAGUAUAUAUUAGGUUUGGUACUAUCUGCGGUUUCAGGCAUCCAUUGGGAGGUCUUGGAAUUUAUCCCCCCAGAUAAGGGAGGACUACUGUAUACACAUAUAAGGCAUGACUUAAAAUGCCUAGCUGUGAUGUCAUUCCAUAACAAGACUAAAGAAAUUCAAGAAAAAGACAUAGUCACUUAAAAGAUCAAGUGCUGGAAAGAGUACCUUUGAAAGGCCAUAUUUUCCAUCCUCUGACUUCAGAUCACACUGUACUAUGAUUUUUUUUUUUUUGGUUCACUACUCCUUGGAAUGGAGAUGCUACCACUGUCAAAAAUGAAACACUGACACUUCAAUUUGUCCAAUUCUUGCCCACCUUUAGAGGCAACAGAGAAACAUGAGGGUCAAGUUCUGUCUUAUACCUUUCAGUGAUGGUCUUCCUAGAAAACCCACCCCAGAUGCCUCAUAUUUUUAUCAGUUAUUUGAAUUCCCAUCUUGACUAUCUUUUAUGCUAAUGCCAUACACCUUAUCUGGAUUAAAUGUUCUGAGUAUGUUAUGGCAGUAGACAAUGGUUGAAUCUUCAGUCAUUCAUCGUAUUGUCAAGAGUUGAAUAAAGUCCACAUUGAACACAUUUGUUGAGUAGAAUUGACUAGAAGUUUCAGAGAAGAACAGUGUCCUUAGUCAAGGUUAAAAAGGGAAAUAUCUUCUCUAUCCCAGCUUGGCCAUUCCCUGCCUGCCUUGUGAUGAGCAGGAAAAUCUUGAACUGAUGUACGUUUCUUUGAGAACUCCACAGUCAUCUGAAGAGUGUUGAAUCAAGAGUUCAGAGAAUUCAUGAGCUAAUUUUCCAGUCCUGAAAACUGUGCAGCAGUACUCCAAGGAACCUCACAAGACUGAUGUCAAGCUUCUUCAUUGGGAUGAAUGUCCACAUUCAUUUAGCAUUUACCAUCUGGUUUUGACUGCAAAAUAAUGAGUUUUAAUUUGUGUUGCAGAUGAGCAUUUGGUUCUGAUUUCCAUAUAUUUCUAGAUCAUGUCCUCUGAAUAACAAUGCCUCUUAAAAUUGCAUUAGCAGAGGGACUGAGAAGCCUGGAUCUACUGUGAAACUAUAAUGGACCUUACCACCAUGAAAGUUUAGACUUGUUUCCAAGGUUGUGGGGAGCUCCCACUCAGAAAGGUAAAGACGCCAGCCCUAUUGCAAGAGGAUUUGUAUGGCCUACUUGAAGUUCAGAUACUGUAUUUAAAAAUGUCAGUAUCAACAGAUCUAUCUUUCUAGAAUUAAGGACAUUUUUAGGAGAAGGAAGGAGGGGAGGAGGAGGAAGGAGGAAAAUUUUUAAAAAAUUAAAAAUUAAAAAAAAAGGACAUUUUUAGUAGGAUUUAGUAAGACUAUAGGACUUCAUUGUGCUAAAUUAUGUCCCUUUCCUUCCCUAAGUAAUAGAUGUGUUUUGGAUUUUCCUCGUACCAACCUAGACUAUUCUCUCACUAGGGACCACUGACAUACUUUGAGAGUAAAUGCAUCCUUACUGAUCAGAUGAUUUACUUUUUUUUUCCCCCAAUGCCCUUAUGUCUCCAUUUUUUUCCUUUUAAUUCUCCAUAACAUAAUAUUUGGAAUCCAAGGAAUUUCUGCCCUGCUCCACAGUAGAGUGUACCAUGUUUUGUUUUGUUUUUCCAAUGAGCCAGAAAUCAAAAUACCAGCACAUACCACCAUCUACCACCUCCAUCCCAAACACCCAAGGCCAACAUUAUUGAGCACCACGUCCUUUCCUACUGAGCACAGACAGAGCCUCAGAACUUCUCAUGACAUAGCACUUGGAGCAAUAAUUACCACUUGAUCAGAAUUGAUGUACAAGGGGAAAUCCAUGUACCAUCCUAGCUCAAAGUUCAUAAUUAAUUUCCUAAAGGUGGUUUGAGCUCUUGAGUUAGCUCUGAUGAAGAAUGACAGGCUCACAUCAGAGUUCUCCUUAAGGAUCCCACCAAUGGCUGUCAGGUGCAGUGCCACUGGCAGGGGAAAGGCCACUUGCCUCUACCCUUUUGGACUAUUAAUACAAUUUUCCAGUUGAAGAAUCAUCAAUCACUGAUGGAUCAAAUUCCAAAAUGUCUUAUCAUUCACAUCAUUUAAUUGUAUUGAAUGAGCACAUUCCUCCCUUACCUUCUAUAAACAGAAAGUUAGUAUAUUAAGUCUCAGUUACUUGCUUCUUUCUUACACUCUGAGACUAAUGUACCAAAAUGAUAUGACAUUCUUUUCAAGACUUUGACUUAUACUGUCAGUAUGAAUUUAGUGCCUUUCCAGGCAGCAAGAUUCAUCUUCUUUGCUGAUUUUAUAGGACAAAUGUCCCAGUAUACUCACACCACCAGUGUUACCGACCUUACAGACUGGCACAUUAGAGUCAUAUUAGUCUGCUUGUUUGCAUGUUACAACUGAUAUUGCAAACGCCUAUUCAAGUUGGAAUGAACAAGGCUGCUAAGUGGAGGACCCUCGUGGGACCUGGAGCAUUUCUCAGGGAUGGGUGGCAAAAGAGGGGAGCUCUGAAAUCACUGCUUGGAGAAACAGGGUUACACCAAAGGAGCUGGGUUAAGAGUUUAUUAACCAUCAAGUGAGCAGGGCAUGAUGGCAGGAUUUCACACAGAGCCAAGCCCCAAGCAGAUGACAAGGCCACUGUAAGGAAGCUUCCAGCAGCAUCCCAGGCCUGCUCUCCAGAGCCACUUCACAGUACUCAGGGGAUCGCUGGCUCCCGGCCCAUGGCUGCUGUGCGGUGAUCAGGUGGACAGGGUCCUCCAAUGGUUGCAGGCCAGAGGGAACCCUGGCCGGAAUGUGUGAGCUAUUAGGAAGAUGUCACCCAGUGGCUCUUCACUUCCUGAAUGACCACUUCCCAGACUCCAGAAAUGGGAAGACCGUCUUUGAUUUCUUUAUUACAAUAAUUUGAACUCCUAUCGAUUUGAACAGAUUGAAUUUCUUUUUUGUGGUUAAAUCUCAAAAUGAACUCCCUCAUGUCCCGUUCCCAGUGUUGUUUUCUGAUGCCGGCUCCCUCUUUGUAUUGGACAGCGAUGGGAACAAGAACGACUAUCAAAGCAAAUGAAUGCAUGGAAUUAAACAAAAAGUGUACUUCA